CGGACUUGGCUUGUUCCCAUGUCGCCAAGUGGAGAGCAGCCUGGCGCCUCAAACCGAACCAAUUGGUGCCCGGCGCUGUGCUGCCAGUGGCAUUCCUACGGCGGCACCUCUUGUCAUCUGGACAGACAGGCCUGUGUUCAAGCUCGCCUGCACUAAAUCCACCUGAUUACAAUUCUCGGAUCUGAUCCUCAUCUUUCCGUGCGUCAUUCUGGGUUUGCUGUGCUGCAUGGCUCGAAGUAGUGAGACGCUUCAAGGAACGUCGCCCGGUUUGACUACUGCAGUGGAGGGUGGUAUCAUUAUUCGUGUGCUAUCAGUCCUAGCUGAUGUCCCAUAAAAUACAUGGCCACCUUCACGCUGAUCAUAUGCCAGCUGCGUCUGCUUCGUGUCCAAAUGCCGAGCCGUCUCGCGUGUCUAUUUCUGACCCCGAAUAUGCGGGCUGGUUGGCCCGGUGUCACAAUCGAUCGACUUGACUGGACGACAGGUGCCUUUGUGUCUGGUACCUUGCAUCAGUGAGUCGGACUCGACAAAUCACCGAAAGUUCUUGCAGGGACCGGCUGCAGGUGUUGUCUGAGAAUGGCUGGCCGCGGUGCAAUAAAUGCAGGGCUCGGGUGAGGUGCGAAGAGUUGGAGACUGCGUGCAAUCCGAGUAGGGACAAGGCCUUCCUUAUCAUCACAACGCCCUGAGUUGCAGUUGUUUGACCUUGCCUGCUCCGAACCGCUCCCUCUUGUCAACACUACUCGGUCCGGCACUGUAGGCCAACGGGCUACUGAGAUCAUGCAGCCUCGCCCGGGGCAUCAAGCUCGGAGGCCGUCCAGUAUGUGGAACUGAGUCGAGGGAAGACCCGAUGUGGCAGUCCAGGAAAGUCUGGGUCUUAUUCCCUACUCAUGCGUUUCCGUGACCUGGUCGCUCACAAAACACCAUCCCUCGGCCCGCCGAGACCGAACUACUGCCCGUAGAAUGGUAUUCUGCCCGGUCGAAUCUCCCAUCACCAGACUGGGAGCUCAGGUGUCAAUAUAAGCGCAGACAGUUCCAGGACGCCGUAAUAUUACGGGAUGCUGGGAGACAGACAUGGUACCUAGGCUUUUUGAAGCACGUUUUCUCGGAGAUGAAACCCAACCAGACUUAUGACCUGCAGCUAGCUCAAUAAUGGUGGAAGUUGCUCUGGACCGCACCAUUCCUCCCGGACAGGAUCACAGAUGUCCAUCGAUCCUAUGUCCUGCCGUUACCUCCUCCAUCAUGACUUUCCAUUGAGCAGAAGACACUAUGAUCCAACACAUUUACAAUACUUCAUGCAGUUAUCCCACUCCCCAGGAGUACUAGGGUCGUCGACGUGUGUACAGGAUCCAGACCCGCCGUCAACGCAGACCAAGGUCGUUCCAUUGCAUGAACAUGCGCAUUCCUUGGAAAUUCCAUUGCAGAAAUAUUGGUUGACAUACUUCCAAUCGCACUUCACCUCGGCAGCCGAUGCUACCUUGAGCACGACGGCAAUGACACAGACGGCGGUUUGCAAAUUGACUUUCAUAUUGUCGCUGAUGCUUCGGCGUGGUCUAGUUGUCCAACAACAGAUAAUGUUAGCAUUGCAGUUGACCUUGCAACCUUCGCUCUCAGACAACGAGAAGAGACCACCACUCACUAUCCUUUCAGCUUGAAACGGGAACCUAAGCUUAUUGGGUUGCUGUAUUUGUGGUGGCCAAAUGAUCGAACUGCCUUGGACUGGAUUUCUGCUGCUGUUGAAGAUGCGUCUCCCAACGACCUCCAGGAACCUCUACAAGCUUUUAUAUAUCCCUUGAUCUGCCAAAGCCAAGACGAUCACAACUCCAAGCCCAAAGCACCUUUCUCCUUUCUUGGAGCGGACAUCUCAUUCCUCAGCAGCGACUGCACAUCUCACACUACGGCACAUAUCAGCCAGCAGAAAAUGGUAAACGAGAGCAGAAUCAACCCCACCCUUCCCUGCGUUUAAAUUAAAAGACAAACCUACGGUGGCAAUUUCCUGGCAUAUUGCCCGGCUUCACAUAGAGACAUUCAUCUCUGGCCGAAGGUCUGCCGUCCGCUUAUCCACGGACUCCUGGAGCUGCUCAGAGCUUCCGCUCUCACUAAGGUAAGAGACACGACCCGAUAACCGCGUAGUGUUCCGGACUUUCCCGGUUAUGGUCGGCCCGUACCUAAAACACAUGAAUCUGUUACCUCACUACUAUUGAACACCCACUAUGCACUCUAUCUGAUUUGACAACCACCCUAUUGGAAUUAACUUUCAAACUCAGUCUGUAUUCUCAGAGAGGGUCCCUAGCUUUCUGGCUGCUUGGCGGUCUGGAGAAGUCGUACAUCUCUUUCCUUACGAGUGUAUCAAGGUGCCGACCGAGGGACUAGUCUUCUAAAACUCCGGAAGAAAAGAAGAGAGGACAGUAAAGAGCAGUUCCUAUAGUGCACACCGACACUCUGCCGGCCAAAUGCACUGCGAUCGAUCCGUGCAACAUCGCGAGCCAGCAGAGCCUGUUCUGUCUGCACACCGCUGCCUCAAAUACAUUAGUCGGGUUAUCUGUCACCCACUGUCCAGACGUCCAGCCGUUCCGAGGACGGCGGAAGAUAAACAGUGGCUGCUCAAAUGACACUUUUGUUCUAACCCAUGAGCCUCAGACCGGGCUCGCAAAGCGUGGGCGGCGCGUCGCUUGUAAUAGCCAGCGACUGCCGCAAAGAGCCACAUCAGGUGCGGUAGUCGGUCGGAAAGUAGAUUAUUCGGUCCCUGGCAGUGCUCGCUCGGCGAGGCUCUUCUCUUCCACCUCGCUAAAGACCACCAUCGUCUAUGCGACCAAUGUAUACGGGCUCAGGUGUGCAGUACACCCUCUGGCUGGUUCAGGUCCCAGCACCGGCACCAGUCCGGAACCUUGGAACUGCCGACAUUUCAUAAGACGCACAACUCCGGAGACCAACAACAGUAAGAGUCAAGAGCUGUAUGAUCUACAUGGAUCCGGAUGAGCCUUGUCAUGUGAUGGAAAAGAGCUAUCCUGAGAGAACAAAAAGGCCGAAACCAAUCGGGAAGCCAUGGGGAAAGGCGGCAUCCGGGAUCUGUGGUUGUGUCGCAGGCCAGCUCAGGUGGUCUUGGACCUCACCGGGGAGUCGAAAGUCGAGGUCCCUUCCCUUUUGAUUACUGCCAUCCCUGUCGCCCGCAAUAACGAUAACAGGUACACCACUGCUCUGGCUGAAGCCGUUGUGCGACAAUCCCCUGCUCUGGGGCCAGCCUCACCCGUACCAAAGCCAGUAGGCUUAAACCAAUGAUCCUGCUAACGCUCCCGGUCCGACUCGGACCAGCAGCAAGCUCGGUUUCGCGGGUAGUAGGACAUCCACAGGCCGAGACCAAAAGAAGGCAAGUGGGAAAGGAGCAGACAGGUAUUGAAGACUCAGAAAGGAGCAAUCAUCACACUUUCCUCGGAGAUGUACAGGAACGGACCAGGAGCACCAAGAGUCUGCUGAAAGCAGCUCAAGGACGACCAAUGAAUAGCUCCACGAGGCAAGCAUGCUGGAUCAUAAGUCGGUGAGACACCCCAAGGCGAUUGUCCUCGAUAUGGUACCCUGCAUGACGGAACUGGACCCAGGAUCCCCGCUUGGUAUCGACAUAAACUCGGCCUCAACGUUCCUUCACAACCGGGAACAUAUUCUGCGCCCUCCGAGUGGGAGGCAUGGAGGCGACUCCGCUGGAUAAUAUGUCCACAUACUGUACCUAGUUGUAAUACUUGGUACGAAACUCAAUAUUCGGGCGGGCGUCGGCUGUAGAAGAUUUCCGGUCCCGCUACUUGACCAUCCCUUGAUUCCCUUCUCAUGGUGUCUCUCAGAAGUCCGAGUCUUCCGCAGAAGCGCUGCGUGCGGCUCUUUCAAACGGUCGGUCUGGUCAAUUCUUUACCUACCUAUUCAUCCACCUAACCAAUAAUGUCCAGUAAGAUAUUUCAAUAUUUCGAGGCCUCGGAAAAGGAAAUAGAACCAUACCCAUCUAUCUGCAUUGGGGGAGAAAGAUAAGCAACUUAAGUCUCGGGUCGACAGUCGACACAGUACACUGCGUCCAUUCCUCUUGGAAACUAUUAGGUAUGUUAGAUCCCGUCGACAAUACACUGCAGUGCAUCCAAUCUUGUCUUGCCAAGCAAGUACCGUGUACCUACCUACAUACCUCUAUACCUACCAAGGUAGGUACCUACCUAGCUGGCCUGCAUGUGUCGGCUCGAUCGAGUUGUUUCGUUCUCUUCUCUGGGGAACCUUAUAUUUUGUUUCUGUUUCCCAACGGAUCGCAUUGGAUAAAGGGGAAUAGAAUGAACAAGUAUGCAGGGUAACGUGGCAGGGCUUCUCGCCCAGGGAAACGCAAGGAAAGGCAAGGAAAGGCAAGGCAAGGCGAGGCUGCGAGAAAUUCGGAUUCGAGAGCAAGACCUGACUGGGCACUUCUAGGUUAAAGUAGAUACUGUACUGUAGCAGUACAGCGACAAGACCGUCUUUGUUGAGUUGAGCGAGCGACUGGACUGGACUGGACUGGACUGGACUGGACUGGACUGGACUGGACUGGACUGGACCGAGAGAAUGAAUACCUACCUAGGUAGGUAAGCCCAUACAGUUUAUUGCAUUGUCACUGUGAAUCGGUGUGUAGUCACUUCAAACCGUGAUAUUCAAGUUGGGGAUGUUCCUGGUAUGCAGAGUUCUAUAUGCACUGCACUGCACUACCAAUAACUGGCACCGUGACUGGCAAUGUCCACACCGCCACCACCAACAAAAAAGAACGCAGAAAAGUUCAGUCGACAAACGUGUUCCAGAAACGCAAAACGCAAAAAAAAGACGUGGAAUAUAAAAACCGGGGAAGCAAAGGCAAGUGCAGAAAACAAAAACAAAAUAAUAUUAUUGUUGCCUCCAACAAGAUUCGAACUUGUGAUCUUCGCAUUACAAGUGCGACGCGUUACCAGGCUGCGCCAUAGAGGCUGGCGACAAACCAAAUUCUGAUUUGACCAUAUUUUG